CAGCGGGACGAACAGAUCUACCCAGCGCUUGCCAGGACCUUGCCUUCUCUUCAGAGUAUCGACAUCUGACAAAGAGGGUAGGCCAUGGGUGUACGGCAAUGGCGCCUGCUCAGGCCCUUCUCCGGCAUGCGCAAUGAUCUGUUGCUGCGAAGACCGUGGUAUAUCAGCGACUGGGUAGGCAAGGAAGAUGUGUACAAAGAUGCGGCCACCAUCUACAAGGUCCUUUCUGGUACAGUGCGCAUUUUCUUCAUCAAUCUGUUACCUGCACUGGCCUACUCGCUCGAUAUGUUCUAUCGCACGGGCGAUCUAUGGAGCACAAACGAGGUCCUGCUCGCAUCAGCUAUACCGGCUUGCUUCUUUGCCAUCUUCUCGUGCCAGCCACUGACUAUCGUUGGCGUGACAGGACUGAUUGAUCUUUUUGGCUACACGACAUACAACAUUGUCACCGUGCGGUAUGGUGUACCGUAUCUUGAAUUUAUGGCCUGGGUCGGUAUCUGGAGCGCCUUGAUGCACUUUGCCAUCGCCAUCUUCAACUGGUGCGACUACAUGAAGUACGUGACAGACUUCAGCAGUCAAGCAUUCGGAAUGUACGUCGGCAUCAUCUAUAUCCUCAAGGGUAUUGAGCUCAUUGUCGAGGAGUUCCAUGGCGAAGGCACAUCCCUUGCGAAUGGCUACUUGAGCUGUCUUGUCGCUUUGCUCUACUUUGCCCUGACCUGGGCCACAACUUGGCUUGGCAGUAGCCAGUACAUGCACAGAUACAUCCGCUCACUCUGCACAGAUUACUCGCUCAUCAUCUGGACCAUCUUUUUUGCUGGCUUCGUCCACAUCCCUGGCGAUCUGUCUAACGUCAAUAUUCGCAAGUACCCAAUCAGCCAAGCAUAUGCACCUUCAGUGCAGCGCAAUUGGUUUCUUCACUUUUGGACUAUUGACGUCAAGUGGUGGUUCAUUGCCAUCCCCUUUGCGGCUCUAGUCACAGCCUUGUUUUACUACGACCACAAUGUCUCAUCGCUCAUGGCGCAAGCCCGUCAAUAUCCUCUGAGGAAACAUGCUGGCUUUCACUGGGAUUUCUUCCUGCUUGGUAUCACGACGCUCGUCGCUGGCUUCAUCGGCAUUCCAUACCCAAACGGACUUGUACCGCAAGCACCAGUGCAUACAGAUUCGUGCGCCAUGGUGGAAUACCCCAAGGGAGAACUCGAGGAUGGCGAGAAGAAGAAGGGACCUCGCAUAACGCGGAUUUUGGAACAAAGGUGGACCCAUUUUGGGAUGGGCUUGCUCCUCUUUGGCAUGAUGACACGACCUAUGCUUGUGGUUUUAUCGACUGUUCCGCGUGCAGUCUUUGCAGGAGUCUUCAUCACUGUUGGCUGGUCAUCCAUCGAGACGAACCCAGUGACGAUCAGAACACUGGGCUUCCUGCAUUCUCCAGUCAGGACGGUAACACAGCGUAGACGGGCGACGCUCUACUUUUUGCUUCUGCAGUGGGUCACUAUUGGCGCAGAGGUGGCCAUCUCACAGACCAUUGCAGCGAUUGGCUUUCCCGUCAUUAUCCUGCUGCUAAUUCCACUUCGCUGGACAUGGAUGCUACGUUGGUUUACGCACGAGGAGCUAGCUGAACUGGAUGUGCCUACCGCUGAAGCAGAUGUCGUGCUCAUGUCUCUGGGCGGUGCACCAGAUAUUGCCGCACGCACACGGCCAUUGGGUUCGGAGCAAGGGAAGGACGGGUGUGCCUCUGCGAGUGGAUCGACCCUCCAUAUGGACCCGCUGCCCAUCACCAAGGACAGAGCAGGGAAGUCGAGCUGGUGUGCAAGUGCAAGUGGUGCUGCGCCUGGGCUGGUGGCAACUGCCGACACAAAACUGCGCAACUGACCAGCUACAGACGGCGACCGCCUACUCAGCCUCCGGGAGACGGGCCUCGACAGUGGCACGGGCGGGCCUGCUGUGCUCAAGCUGCGCCUGACAGGGGACUAUAUAGACUGGACAUGAACAAACACAUACUUAAUGCUAACGCCCUUUGCCGCUCUUCAGUAGUCACCAUGUUCAUGCCCGCCACACCUCAACGAACACUUUCCUCCUGCUCGACGGCAUCCACCACCUCUGUAGACAGUGCAGCCUCCACUAGCUGGUUGCGACGCAAACCGGCCGCUAUGCAGAUUGACUUGUCUAGCCUCUCGGGCAUCAGGGAACCAGCAAGCGCAACCAACACACUCAUCCUGACGAACCUCCCGGCAGAUGUCUUCAACGCCACAUCGCUCGCACAACUGCGUGAGGUGAUUGAGCAGGCAUGCGAAGCGCCGCAGGCCAUCCGGCAUUGGAUUCCGCUCAAGUCCUUUACGCGCAUU